CUCGGCCCUGUUGUUGAGUUUAUUAUGACAAGUCGAGGCCUCGGACUAAAUUAGGAGCGUAGCCCCCGUCUCUGUCCGGGCGAAUCCGCGAUGGAGGGCAUGGACCUGGACCUGGACCAGGAGCUCAUGCAGAAAUUCAGCUGCAUGGGCACGACGGACAAAGAUAUCCUAAUAUCGGAAUUUCAGAGGCUCCUCGGGUUCCAGCUAAACCCCGCCGGAUGCGCCUUCUUUCUGGACAUGACCAACUGGAAUUUACAAGCAGCCAUCGGAGCCUACUAUGACUUUGAGAGUCCCAACAUCAGUGCGCCGUGCAUGUCCUUUGUGAAGGAUGUGACGAUUGGUGAGGGUGAAUCAGUUCCACCGGACACACCUUUCACAAAGACCUGGAGAGUACAGAACACAGGUGCAGAGUCAUGGCCUCCUGGAGUUUGUCUGAAGUAUGUUGGAGGAGAUCAGUUUGGUCAUGUAAACAUGGUGAUGGUGCGGUCUUUAGACCCUCAGGAAAUGGCUGAUGUUAGCGUGCAGAUGCAGAGCCCCGCGUCUCCCGGCAUGUACCAGGGCCAGUGGAGAAUGUGCACAGCCACCGGACUUUACUAUGGAGAUGUCAUUUGGGUGAUCCUGAGCGUGGAGGUUGGAGGCCUUCUCGGCGUCACACAGCAGCUUUCCUCUUUUCAAGCUGAGUUCAACACCCAGCCACACCGCACCCUGGAAGGAGACUACAACCCCUUCGCCUCGCCAGAGAAGAGCAAGUGCCCCAACAGCAACAACAACAGCCUCCAAGAUGCCAGCAGUCACAUGGUUGCAGGGGAACAUUGGCAGGACAACCCCGACCAGCUGCAGCAAGAUCAGAAUGGACUUUCACACAACUCUGUGGAUAUAGUAGCAAACAGUCUACAAAGCAAUCUAUCAGUAGUCUCUUAUAACCAGGGUAUACAGGAGCCCUAUCCUUUUGGGCACUCUUAAAUCAUGGGACUUGUCACAGUGAAGCAGCACUAAACCUCUAGAGUCUGUCACACCAGUAAGAGAAAGAAGAGGCUUUAUCAGUAGCUGGCUGAGAGUGUGGAGAUUCAAAAACACUUUUAUGCAAAGUCUAGCUACACUUUGAGAAACCAGAGGCCAACGCUCCCAACGUGCAGCUCAACCAACAUCCCACGACCCACUGUAUGCACGUGUGAAUGCUAAGUUAAAAAUGAGUGCUAUGAGUCUUUUGAGUGAUAACUUUUUCUUUUCCAGAUUUUCUUUUUUUUCUUUUUUUUUAGUUGUCAGAGUGCAAAUGAAACAAUGAUGACAGGAGUGUGUAUUUGUGAAAUUGUGUGUGCGUAUACGUGUGUGCAUUGUGCAACCUGAAAGAGAGACUUUGGAGGAAAAGCCAUUUAUUUUGCCAACUGAUUCUCCGGUUUCUGCUCUGACUCUUGGUUUAUCGAUCAGGUUUCCAGACCUGUUCCCUGUGACUAAAUCUGAUAAUAUGGGCAUCUCUGAAACGAACUAUUAGAUAUCAUAUUUACUUUUUAUCUUAAGUUUAAAGGUAUACUAUGCAGGAUUGUCAGUUACUGUUUGCAAACACGCCCGGCAGCGAAAGUCAAAGUAAAAGCCAACCCCAGAUUCACUCUUGUUUGGCAUUUCACCUCGCUGUAUUUGCAUUUUCUUAGCGCUGUGUCUCUUGGAUGGCUGCUGCUUACAGUCUGGCACUUGGCUGGCUACGUUUUUAUAAAACCCUGACCUCACCUGUGUACGCCCAUAAAUGUCCUGAACACAGAAAAUAAGAAACUACAGGCAGAGGGCAGAGAGUCUCUGCAGAUAAAUUUAACACCAUACACUUCUAGUGGGUCAUAAGUCAGUCUCUCCAGGAUGUUGCAACGUUGCACUCGCAGAAAUGAACACAAAUUCAGCCAAUCCCCAUGAAUUCUGCAACUUUACUGCAAGUUUGAAUAUUUAAAACGGAAAAAAAUCGUAUUGAAUUGUAGAGCUGCGUGCAGCAUAUUAAUUCACUUAGUCCCUCCUUGCCCUUCUUUCUCUUUUUAUCAUGGGACUACUGAUGCAUCUGCGACAGUGCCACAUACAUAGCAUCACACGGCUAAUGUUACCCAAUAUUAAUUAAUGGGUUUAAUGACACAAGCUGUUUCGUUGUCGGUGGCGUGAGAUGGUUUGAAUUGUUUAACGGCUCGGUGUUGACUGUUAAGCUGAGUUAGCUAAUGCUAACUAGGUGCAGAGAGAAGGAGGAGAGCAGGUCAUGGAGACAGUCUUUCAGCCCUGCUCAAACAGCAGAUCAUCAUCCACCCCCUCCUUCCAUUACAAAAAGAUUCUUACUCAGUGGGAAACACUGAAUACUUAUAAUAACAGACUUGGAAUCUGAGGCAGCAUUGCAACUAUUUCUGCAAUUUUAAUUUUGCUUCGCAAUGUCAUUGCAAAAAAAAAAAAAGCCUAAAAAUAUCGCAGCAUGCAUCACAGUCUUUGUGAGAAGCUGCCAUGAAAUCAGGCUGCAACAAUCCGAAAAACAGCUGCAAUAUCCUUGAGGGACUGAUGAGCUAUGAUUAAGAGGGAAAAGUUCUGUAUGAGUCCGUAUAUUUUUUUUUAGAAAGAUCCUGCAUUGUUUUUACGCUGUCAUAGUUCUGCAAACUUAAAUGUGAUGCAAUUUUUGUCCACUGGAGGGAGCCAGCCAUCACUCUAACAAACAUGAUGAGAUCAACACUGAGAAACAGAACUCUCAUUAACAGUAUAGCUUCCAUGAUUUGUCCAAGUUUAGUCUCCAUCAUUGUACAGGAACAUGUCUUUCUAAAGCUAGAAUGUAGAGCCAACAGCUAUAUAAUAUUAAGCCUUCUGUAGUCACACAUGAUGAAGGCCUCUCCCCACACAUUACUGGCACUUUGCAUACACACAUCUAUAAUAUAUUAGAAGAAUAUAGCAGAAUAUUCAUUAUUAGUUCUAAUGCAGUAUUAGAGAUCUCCCUGGUUAUUGUCUGAAGUUAAGAUUUAGUCUAGUUUACAUGCUUGCAUUAAAAUUAAACAAGAUAACAGGAUUAAUGCGCACGAUGCCAACAAGACAUUGAAGUCAAGCCAUAUGAAGAGCUGUAAAAACAUUACUUCACAUGUUCUUUGUCACCCCGCUCUGAAUUUUCAUAUUGAAGCUGUCUGUGGCUUUUUGUCAUAUUAAGUUGAAUGUAUUUGAUGAAUGUAGAAGAAGUUAAACAUUAAUUCACCCAAAGAUUCGACGUUGUAUAUCUGCAUUGACCUGGCAGUUUUAUUAGUGUAAUUAUUGUUCUGAAAAUUCCUGUCUCUUGUUAAAAUGUUAGCACAUUCAGGCCUGCAAAUGCUCUUGCUCAUCACUGGUGAACUGCUUAAACACAUUAGAGAAUUUUAGUUCAGUUAUUUCAGAUUAACCGCACCAGUAAAAUUACAAUGAAAUGACACCCUCAUGUUGUCUUGAAGAAUUGUUGCUGCAUAUUUAAUUGCACUAACUGGCUGAUCUAUGCACUGAGUACCGCGACUUCCUGUGCAUACUUUUCUCCUCCACAAGUACAGUUAAGUCCCGAAGGGUUUAUCGACUCUGUGAUUUUUAUCUCAUCAACCACAGCCAGUGUGUGAGACCACCUCGUCAGGUAAACACCCUUUUAAUUGAGGCGCUAACUGUAAGCCCCAGGGUUACUGAGCUUUGACAACAUGACAACACCAGCCGAUACAACAUGUCACGUGGCUCUCUGUGCAUUACCUGUGCAACACCUUAAAUGUCUCGCCCUGCCGUCAGAGGUAUUCGCUGUCAAUGUCAAUUCAUCAAGUGUGUUUUGUCCCCUGCUGUGAUGAGGUUUCCACUGGCCAGAUUGCAGAAUGAAUCAGUUGGCAUUAGACUCAUACAACAGCACAUUUAUGAGAGUGAGGAAGUGCAAACAGAUGAAAGCUUUUUUCCCUGUAUGUCUGAUGAAUGUUUGUAUGAUUAAAUUAUCACUGAAAGUC